AUGAAGAGCCUCAGCCAACGCCAAAGAGCACGAGUCGGUCUCUUCGUAGUCGUCAUUCUCAAUCUCGGCGUCUACAUUUGGUCCAUCAUCAUGCAAGUCAAAUUCAACGCCAACGACCCCGGCAGAAUCGACUGGGACGAUGCUCUAUACCCAUCUGCAUUCCUGCCAUACUUCUUUGUCCAGACCACUGGCCCUCUCUCACAGUCAUACAUGUACUGGCUACUUUCGUCUUUCGCAACUGAUGCUCAAGCAAACGUGCGCAAUGGAGCUGCAUUCAGAUGCUUAGAAGCUGUGGGACAGGCUAUCAGCUAUGGCAUGAACACACAAACUGAAGCUAGCCCUCUCAUCGGCUUCUGUGUCAGCUUUGGGCUUAUGGCGUUGGCGGCUGCGCCGAUGAUCAUGUUGACUAACAAGACCCCCGAUCGCAUUCCUGCUGAUGUUAUUCUUGAGGGUCAAGAGGCGCUGAAUGCAAAGAUUGCUGAUGAACCUGAAGUCGUUACUGGCAAGAUGGAUCAAAACUAG